AUGGCGUCCACUGGACAGGCGAUAAGCGUCAUCGGCAAGGACUUGGGCAAGUUCUCGUUCAGGAACAACUAUCCGUCCAACUUCCAGAAGAGCAAGAACAUGUGGAUUAUGGUUAUGUUAUUGGUCAGCAACGUCCAUGCCAUGACGAGCGUAGAGAGAGAGUCGUGCGAGCUCAAGUUCAGACGCAGCUUCAGAGGCAGACACGUGUCGUUCAUGAUGGACUCGUAUAAGGCCGUGGCCGAACCACUAUCUCCUCAUGCACCACCGCUCAAGGCACCUGGUCAGGAAGUAAUGGCACUAACAUGGCUCAAGAGAAAAGUAGCCAUUAAGUGA